AUGAUAUUAAUCACAACAUUAAUAACAUUAAUAUAUGCUGCAUAUGAUGGGACAGAUUAUCUAAAAGGUGAAGGUAAUUUUGUUAUAGAAUAAAAUUGGAUCAUGAAUUAGACAGAAGAAUAUUUAGAGACAUAAUUUAUUACAUAAGGGAAUGAGAAAGUAAAUUAAUUUAUGAGUUUAUGAAAGUAUUUAAAAUUACACAAAAAGGCAGAAUCAGAAUUAAGUUUUAAAGAUGGAUUUUAUCAUUUAUUUCAAGAAUCCUAACCUUAACAUAUAAGAUUUUGGUUUGCAUCUGGAAAUAAAGAAAUUGAGGACACAAAUUUAAGAUUAAAGGAUACAGCCACAGAUAAAACUGCAGUCUCAUUUAGAUGUGGAUAUGCUGGAUUCGUUAGAGUCAAUGAUAAUUAGAUGAUCACAUUUUAUAAUAGUUCAGUUUCAAGUGAUGCUAAAAUUAUUUGGACUUAAGCAGACAUCUUAUUAAAUUGGGAUACAUAAGAAGUACUGGUUUUUAUGAAUGAAUCAUAUAUGGGAUCUGCCAGUUUCUAUCAUUCAGAGGUAUUUGAAUAUAUUUUAGAUAAGGUGACCAAAGUAAAUGAAGUGAUGCUUUAUAAUUUAAAACCAGACACUACAAGUUGGUGGAAGAAUAUUAAAGUAUGCAAAGAGAGAUGUGAUAAUUUCGAAUUUACUCAAAUAGUUGUGAUAUGCUUUGCAUUAUUCAUUUUAUUAUUUUGA